AUGCUUUUUAAGGAAGAUGCCCUACAAACCACAGGGGAAGUGGCUCUGAAAUCCACCUUUCUGUUUCAGAUUGUAGUUGGGACGCUGGCCAAUGUCACCCUCUUUUUCCAUAAUGUCUCCCCAGUCUUGCGUGCCCACAAGCAGAGACCCACACACGUGGUUCUCACCCACAUGGCCUUGGCCAAUCCCUUGGCUCUUCUUUCCUCUGGGAUUCUCCACACGAUGGUGGCUUUUCUUUUGCGCAACCUCCUGUCCAAUCUUGGGUGUAAAGUUGUAUAUUAUACACACAGAGUGGCUCGCAGCUGCACCCUGUGCUGCACCUGUGUCCUGAGCACCUGCCAGUUCCUCACACUCAUCCCUGGGAGAGUGGAGCGGAUGAUGCUCAGGAGGGUCCCCAAGGUCCCUGGUCCUUCCUGUUGUGUCUGCUGGGUGUUUGCUGCCUUAACAAAUAUCUAUACUCCUGUGAAUUUCACUGUUGCACAGAUCACGGGAAAUGAUACUGACACACAAGGCAGGUGGUUCUGCUCAUCCUCAAGUCCCAGGGCAGGCAGUGUUAUCUUGUGGUCUUGUCCAGAUGCCGUGUUUAUUGGCCUCAUGGUCUGGGCCAGCGGCUCCAUGGUGGGUCCCCUACGCAGACAUCACCAAAGAGUGCAACAUAUUCACACCCACAAGGGUGCCCACAACUUCCCCCCAGAGACCAGAGCCGCCCACACCAUCUUGAUGCUGGUGGUCACCUUUGUCGUCUUCUACACGAUGAAUUUCAUUUUUAUUGUUUACAUCACCCUGUUUUAG